UGACGGAGGAGGGCGUCCGCUUCCGCUCGCCCUACGACGGCCAAGAGAUGCUGUUGAGCCCGGAGAGGUCCGUGCAGAUCCAGAACGCCCUGGGCUCUGACAUCAUCAUGCAGUUGGAUGACGUGGUGAGCAGCACAGUGACAGGCCCCCGAGUGGAGGAGGCCAUGCACAGGUCAGUCCGCUGGCUAGACAGGUGCAUUGCAGCCCAUCAGCGUCAGGACAAGCAGAACCUCUUUGCCAUCAUCCAGGGUGGACUGAAUGCCGAUCUGCGGACCACUUGCCUGAAAGAGAUGACCAAGAGGGAUGUGCCAGGCUUUGCCAUCGGAGGUCUGAGUGGGGGAGAGAGCAAGGAACAGUUCUGGAAGAUGGUGGCGUUAAGCACCUCCAUGCUGCCUAAGGACAAGCCCAGAUACCUGAUGGGGGUUGGCUAUGCCACUGACAUGGUAGUCUGCGUGGCUCUUGGAUGUGACAUGUUCGACUGUGUAUACCCCACACGGACAGCGCGCUUUGGCUCUGCUCUUGUGCCCACUGGGAACCUGCAGUUGAAGAAGAAGCAGUAUGCCAAGGAUUUCAGUCCCAUAAACUCUGAGUGUCCCUGUCCCACCUGCCAAAAGCACAGCCGCGCCUUCCUGCAUGCCCUACUGCACAGUGACAACACCGCGGCACUGCACCAUCUCACUGUGCACAACAUUGCCUAUCAGCUGCAGCUCCUGAGCAACCUUCGAAGCAGCAUCUUGGAGCAGCGCUUUCCUGACUUUGUGCGGAACUUCAUGCGCACCAUGUAUGGUGACCACAGCCUUUGUCCUGCCUGGGCCGUUGAAGCACUGGCCUCCGUGGGAAUCACACUCACAUGACCUGGUUGCCUGGGAGGGACACUGGGGUAUGGGGGAAUACUGAAGGAUUCUUCUUUUUAAAAAUUUUUGUUACUGAUUUUUGUUUUCA